UACAUUUUGGGUCUUUCUUGCUCCUAUAUAAGGAUCAUUUCUCUACUCUCUUUUAUUGCUCUCUCUCUCUCUCUCAAACAAGCGAAGAAAGAAGGACUCAAGGAAAGAAUUCGAUGGCUGAUGCAAAAAUUGAGAUUUCCUUCAAGAAUCAGGCUGGGGAGCAAAUGUAUGUCAGAGUUAAGGUCUCGACGGAAAUAAAAAGGUUGCUAAAAAGUUAUUGUAUCCAAAAACAUUUGGAGUAUGGAACUGUGGAUUUCUACCUUGAAGGUAUUCGUGUUCCUCGUAUUGGAACAAUUGGCCAGGCUGGAUUGAAGGAUGAUGAUAUAAUUGAUGUUGUGGCACCAGUCUUUGGAGGUGGGCCGUCAAAUCCAAGCUGCUGAAUUUGCUAUCUGGGAUGAUAUAUGCAUAUUAAUUUGCUAUCUUUGGAGGUGUUUUAAUUUUUAUGUUUGCUAUCUGCAAUGAUUUUCAUAUCAAGGUUGUGAUUUUUAAUUUUGACAAAGGAUCA